UCUCUUGUCAUGUGAAUAGGAACCGUCCCACUACCGUGGCGAUGAACUCCAUGGGCACGGAGGAAGACACGAAGCCGUUCGUCUCCCCGAUCACCUCCGCCCCGCAAUGCCUCCGUGGAUUCAGCACUUGCCAGGCGCCGCCAUUGGAGCGCGUCGCGCGACGAGCGGCCGAGCACGAGCAGCAGGGGCCCUGCGUCCUGAACCAGGCCGCGACCGAAUUGCCGGAAGAAUGCGCCACCGGGCGGAGCCGCUCGGGCGAGAGCCUCGAGGAGGGCACCUCAGCUGCUGCUCCGUCUCGCGCGGCCGCACGGAUUAGCAGGAGGUUCUGGAGCGCCGGCGAGUACGAAGCGGCCGGCGGGAGGAGUUCGCCGCAACCGCCGCCUCGAAAUGUGCAGAAUCGCAUGUGCGUCCACCCCAAAUUCCUUCACUCGAACGCGACUUCGCACAAAUGGCCAUUUGGAGCGGUGGCAGAGUUACUGGAUAAUGCUGUCGACGAGAUAAAAAAUGGCGCUAAGAAGAUUAUAGUGGACAAAGUCGUUAACAACCGGGACGGAUCACCAGCUUUGCUUGUUCAAGAUGAUGGUGGAGGCAUGAAUCCUGAUUCCUUGAGAAGUUGCAUGAGCUUUGGAUUUUCUGAUAAACAAUCAGGCUCUUCAAUAGGUCAAUAUGGCAAUGGAUUCAAAACUAGCACAAUGCGGCUAGGGGCAGAUGUUAUUGUUUUCAGUCGCUCCAUGAAGAACAGCGAGCCUACCCAAUCCAUUGGUCUUCUUUCUUACACAUUCUUGACGGAAACCGGUCAAAAGGAUGUCAUCGUUCCUGUGGUGGACUACAUGUGCAAUUUAUCGACAGGAGAAGCUAAACCCUAUCACCGGCUUGGUCCAGAUCAGUUUUCCUCGAAUCUCUCUAUUCUGUUGAAAUGGUCCCCAUUUGCAACUGAAGAACAACUGAUGCAUAACUUUAGUGACAUUGGUCCUCAUGGCACAAAGAUUUUAGUCUUCAAUUUGUGGUCAGAUGAUGAUGGUGAUCUGGAGCUUGAUUUUGACACCAAUGUGGGGGAUAUUCGGAUCAGUGGUGCACCAAAGCCAGUAGAAACAACUAAUGUUACAAAAAGAAUGAACGAAAGCCAUUUGGCAAAUCAGCUGCGCUACUCUCUUAGGGACUAUGUUUCUAUAUUGUAUUUGCAACUACCUGGAUACUUCAAGAUCAUACUCCGAGGACAAGAAGUUAUGCAUCAUUACGUUGCAUCUGAUCUCAGAUAUAGCCAAUGCAUUAGCUAUAAGCCCCAAGUCUUUGGAACAAAUGAGGACCAGGUGCUUACAACCAUAGGAUUUCUAGAUGGUGCUCCGACUAUCAGCGUACAUGGAUUUAGUAUCUACCACAAGAAUCGGCUUAUAUUGCCAUUUCACCGAGUUUUGAGUAGCGCAAGCAGCAAAGGUAGAGGCGUUGCUGGAGUAUUAGAAGUAGACUUCAUCAAGCCCACACAUGACAAACAGGACUUUGAGAAGUCCCAGCUCUAUCAGAAGCUAAUAACGCGCUUGAAAAACAUGACAAAUGAGUAUUGGGAUUUAUACAGUCACCUGGUUGGAUACCAUAAAGUGCCCCGUGCGGCUUCCGGCUCUCCUGCUUCUCGUGCACUUGUGCCGACAAUGCCAAGCACCACUGCUAAACCAUCGGAGCCGAAUCCAAAUGAUCAUCUUCCUCCGAUGGUGCCUUCCAGGCCCAACUCAUGUGACAAACCCUCGAAUGCAAUUCCAAUUGCUUUUGCUCCUCCUGCCUCUGCACCUGCUGGAACAAACAUUGCCGCUACACGAGCACCAACAGUUUGCUCCGAGCUAGAUAUGCAAAUCAUCCAAGGCUACCAGACAAGGUCACCAACUGUGGCAGCUUGCACUGAUUUGGCCGAUACAAGAAAAAGAAAGAUGGAAACUCCUCUUCAGAUGGAUGGCCCCUUCAAACGGCAGAGCACAUCUGAUUUGGCUGGCAACAACUCCGUGGACUCAAGUAAUGAGAUUUGCCAGUAUAUGGGAGAACGAGAGUUAAAUGAAUUUUCUUACUUGAAACUAGAGCAGAAUAUGCUCCGUCAGCAAUGCUUGGAAUUGGAGUCGACAGAGAGGGAUCUUUUGCUCAAGGAACAUCAGCUGCGCCUUGAAAUUCAGCAAGCGGAGGCACGCUACACCGGCUUGCUGAACGAAUACAUAUCGGUGGCUGCUGUGAGCACACGCAAGUGAUCGGGAUCCGUUUACUACAUGCGAAGACAUGUUUUUGCAAUAUAGCAAGGAACCAAUGCACAUUAAGCCAUGAGGCUUUUGUGAUCACUUGGCUACGAGAACACCGUCUCGGUGUUUCAUCACCUGUGUCAUCUGCCAGAUAGCUUAGCCUUAGCAAAUUUAACAGUGUACGGUGUAAAUAGAGUGUUUUUUUUUUGGGGAGAAUUUCAGAUUAUCACGAGAGCUCCAGCUAUUUAUUUCUCUUCUGAAUUUCAACAUUCGUUUAGAUAUCUAGAAAAAAAA